GCUCUAGUUGGAGUUCCCCCAAUUCUCUAUUCUCAAUAAAGUCAAAGUUCUUCGAGCGAACAUUUAUUUAAAUUUCUUACGCAAUCUUUGCUGCACACAGAGCAUCGUUCAUCAUGUUGCCCAAUCUGAAGGCACGUCGCAUCACCGGCAUGCAGCUGGCAAGCAAGCACCUGGGUCCCGUGGCCAAGUGCCCGCCCCGCUACUCCGAGGAGGACUGGGACUACAACAACAAGAUCAAGUUUAGGAUCACCUGCGAUCAGGAGAAGCUGGCCGAGCGCAUUGUCGAGGAAUCGCGUCGCGUGGUGGACGAGACGAAGGACACCACCAAGAACUGGCAGCGCGAGGUAGAGCACCACAUGCGCGAGCGCACCAGCGAGAUUCGCUUCCUGGUGGACGAACUGAAUCGCCAGAAGAAGACGGCCAUGCUGGAGGACGAGGCCCUGAACACCUAUCGCAAUCGGGUGCUGAAUGCCAUCGAGUUCCUCAAGGAUAAGUCACUGGCCAUUUGCAAGCAGUGCCUCAUCCUGCGCGAGGGCCGCAUCGGGGUGGAUCUCUGCGAUGACGAGGUGGAUCGCUCGCUGCGCCGCGAGCUGAAGGUGAUCAAGGGUUGUCAGGGACUGGCCGAUGCUGCUCUGAAGGAAGCCGAGGAGCAGAUUCGCAAGCUGCGUGCAGCCAUCUAUCUGCUGGACCAAGAUCUGGCCGCCAAGGACAAAUCGCUGGCCAUCGACGAGAAGAAUCUCAAGCUGAAGGAGUUCCAACAUGACCUCGGCAAGGGUCAGGACUUGUCCAAGUCGCACUGCCAAUUCUCUUUGACCGAGUGGCAGGCGCAGACCUACGAGAAUCUGGAGGCCAAUGCCAAGGCCCUGGUCUCGGCCGGCCAGCUGCGUGCCUAUAUCGAUCUGCUGCUGAAGCAGGUCUGCGAGGACAUGCAGAACCAGACGGACCGCACUAAUGAGGCCUUCGAUCGGCGCAUUGCCGAGACGAAGCACGUGAAGCAGUGCCUGGAGAACAAGCACAAGGACACCAUGGACCACAUUCACCAGGUGCAGCGCAACAUGACGGAUCUCGAGAAGGAGAUGAUGGACAAGCAGCGUGCCAUUACCCUCUGCCAGACGCGACUGAGUAAUCGCGCCCAUCGCCCGGGACUGGAGCUGACCUGCGACAUGGUCCAGGAUGCGCUCUACAACGAGCUGCAGGCUCUGAAGGCUUCCGUCUGCAAGCUGAACCAGAAGCUGAACGAGAACAAAGCAUCGAUGCGUUACUUGAUGCACGUUCAGGUCAUGCAGGAGGAGGAGAUAAAUAUAAAGACGAAUACUUGCAAGAUCGACGAGGUCGAUUGCAUGACUUUGCGUCAGGCACUUAAAUACCAGUCCUUCUAGGCAACCAUCUUCCACAAGUAGUCCAGCCACAUAUACACAAACAACUAUUAAUCAAAUUAGGCGCAUACGUGCAUUUCGUGUUCAAUUCAAAAUUAAUUAAUAAAUUGAAGUUCACUUUCGA